AACCAGGGGGAAAGUCCCUCCCUGCCAUCAGCCUCUGUAUUGGCUGUAUAUGCUGGAUCAGCAUCAGAUCCAGGGGAGCUGUCAGCCAAUGAAUGGAGAGGCAGAUGCAGCAGGGAGAGGAGAAGGUUCCACAGAGCGGGUCCAGGAGCAGUCAUCUACCAGACUGCAGCCAGAGUCAGCCUCUCAUUUUUCUUUCUGCACUAAUCAUUUCUGCGACUGCUUGCACUGACAUGGAGGAUAAAGUCACAGACUUCUCAGGAAAAUGGAAAAUGAAGUCUUCGGAACAUUUUGAGGAUCUUUUGAGAGCACUGGGUGUGAAUGUCUUCCUGAGGAAGAUUGCAGUGGCAGCGGCCUCCAGCCCAGCGGUGGAAAUCUCCCAGCAGGGAGAGAGCCUGACCAUCCAGACGUCCACGAGUGUACGCACCACCAACGUGUCCUUCACUGUGGGUCAGUCCUUUAACGAGACCACAGUGGAUGGACGUCCUUGCACGAGUGUUCCAAAGUGGGAAACAGACAGGAAGAUCAGCUGCGAACAGACUUUACAGAAAGGCGAUGGGCCCAAGACGUCGUGGACCCGAGAGCUGACCAAUGACGGAGAACUCAUACUGACAAUGAGCGCUGGAGAAGUUGUCUGCACCAGAGUUUACGAGAGGGAAUGAGGACGUUCUCAAAAGUGUCAUACAAUACUUCUGUUUGUGCAUGGUUUGUGUUUACUAGCCAUAGUUGUCCUCUUGUCGUCCUCCCCUAAAGCAGUUGUUGGUCAUACUGUGUUGAAAUGACUUCAGUUUACAUGAAUGUAUGUUGGUAAAAUCGUCUUUUUUAACAGCAAAGCUGAAUGGUGGUGUCUAAACCUUUUUUCAAGAUGUUAAACUGUCUGAUGAUUCCUUUUUUUUUUUUUUUUCCAAACACUCAUUCUUUAGGCUGCCUCCUCCCUGCACCUCCCAUUCCCUUGUUGUCCAUCUACAGAGUUUACAUCACUCUCUGGCAUUCAUUUCCUCAACGUACAAGUUAUUCCACACUCGUUCCGUCCUCCGUCAGUCCCCUGUCCUCUGUGUGCCCCCUGUCAUCACCACAAUAUGUAUUCAAGAGUCUAAAAAGUCCCCAAAACAAUUCAUAUUUCAUAAACUUUACUUUAAGAGAUGCUUUGGCAACGGUGAGCAAGGAAACAGGGAGUGGAAGGGAAAAUUAUUGAGGCAAACAGAGAAGGCAGCCAUGAGAAAGUCAUUUCAUAACUUCAGAAGAAGUUCUACUUCUUAUUCUUGUCUUUCCAGCUGUACCUAUUUGCAAAAUGAAGUCAGUAAAAAUCCCCCCCACCCUUCUUUCUGGCUUUGCAUGCAGGUAUAAAUGUCAGACGGCUUCCUCAUAGAUUUCCAGCCGCUCUCUCUCUCU